AUGGAAGCUCUGAAACGAAAGGAAGAAAACCGAAAACUUGCUGAAGCUGAAAUGGAGCGUCUCGCAUCUAAUGCAGCAGCUGCUCACCCGCAAAAAGAAGCUGAGGCACGUCUACGCAUUGAAGAGGAGAAACGGUUGAAAUUGGCCGCUGAGAAACUUGAGGUGGAAGGUGAAACUGCUACAACGGUUUCCGAAGCAAUCCAAAUACUCGAAGGUACCGCUGAAGAGAUUGACAAACAUCCUGAGAAACGAAUGCGAGCGGCUUACCUUGUGAGUUUUUAUGCAGUUGUUUUAGUUGUCAUCAUCACAAGUUUAGCACUUAAUUCUCUUGUUCAGGCCUUCGAGGAAGCCCACUUACCCCGUAUGAAACAGGAGCAUCCAACAUAUCGUCUCUCUCAGCUGAAACAACUUCUUAAAAAAGAAUGGCAAAAGUCUCCCGAGAACCCAUUAAAUGCCAAACUUAUGGCCCUUUCUGCAAAGUGA